AUGGGUAAUCUAGUUUCACCAGAGGGACAUGCAUUAAGAGACUCUUCAAAAAUGAACUCCUUUCCUUCUGCAUUGAGCCUUUCAUGUUGCCUGCUAUGGGUUUCUGGACGGAUUUCAUUUGCGAUGGUGCCAACAACAGGUGCUUCACACAGCCAGAAUCCUUAUUAUACGUUAUCUCCAGAUGUCAACUCAACACUCCACAUUCAGGCAGCUGAUAACGCCACCAGCGCAAAGCAAAAUGUUUGCAACAUCAAAGAACUUUGCGAAAUGUUCAACCUGACCAUCAUGGACUGCUACCAAGUAUAUAUUUUAUCCUGCCAACACUCCUUUAACAACAGCAUGUACAGCAUGGACAAGGAGAGCUGGUGCACUUGGAACAGAAUCAAUAGCAUAUACAACCGUUUCACGGUGUGCACAGAAGAUGGUUCCUCCUGCCUUAACAUCCAUUGGCCCAACAAGAUAAUUGAGGCGCUCUUCAUCGAAAUCCACCAAGCGUACUUCAGAGACUGUGACUUCUUUCGCGAGUACAAGGACCCGCCCCAGGAGGUCAUGCUGGCCCUCAUGCUCACUCCCAUCUGCAUCAUCCCACUCAUGGUGGGCAUCGUGGUCUGGAAGACUAAGAAUGGAAAUUCGAGCUCCUAGAGUGAGCCCCGCAUCCAGAAACGAUGGACUUGAUCGUUCAUGAUCAUUUUUUUUGUUUUGUUUCCAUUUUGGAGUUGCCUUUUAAUAAUUUACAAAAAAUAAAAAAUAAAUGAGGUAAUAUCCCAUCUCAGGGAGUGGACCGGGACCCAAAUUAUCUCCACGUCAAUGAAAAUGAAGGCCGAAAAGCAGGACUUUCUAUCCCGUCUGAAGCAACAGGAAGCAUUACCUGUAAAAGGCAAACAUUUGACAACAACCCUUUCAGUGAUAUUUCAACGUCUUCGCCCAUUCACUUGUAAUUUAGUCGCCCGACGUCUUCAUUAAAACGGACGAGAGUGUGCGUCACGUAUAUUUAAAAUGUACUCGUUUGUUGUAUUUAAUCUUUAUUCAUUAUUCUAUUUUUCCUUUGUUUAUCUUUAAAGUGUUGAUCCAAAAACGGAGAAGUGACGCAUAACUCGACUCCUUUAUUUAAAAUGUGUAUCUAGAAUUUUGCUUUGGAAGUUGGGGUG